UAACCACCGAUAGUUUUUAAAUAGUAGUGCACCAUUCUAUGUUAAACAUAUCCAUAAAUGGAAACCGGUAAUCAGUUUGUGAAUGCGACAUACAUCAAUGUAUAAAAGUUGUUCUUUGACGAGAAAGCGAUCGAUGAAAAACUGUCAGCAACGUGCGGGUGGUUGAAAGCACUUAUUUUUGUCGAAUGAUUCCUUCAGUUACCUAACCUUAUAAUGUCAUAUUAAUCUGAAACCUUUCACUUGCUAAUUUCACAUUCAUGAUUGUGACACUUCAUUUAAGUUGCCGGCUGAUAGCGAAUAAACAAAAACGUGUGAUUACUAAUAAACCGUUCGAGCAGUCUUUUAUGAGAUGAACAAAAAUGAGUCGACAAGUAGAUAUGGACCCCUCGUCGGUGCAAUCGAUGAAGGGACAAGUAGUGCUAGAUUUUUGGUUUUUGCUGCGGAUACUGCCGAAGUAUUAACAUAUCAUCAAGUCUCGAUAUCACAAUCAUGUCCAAAAGAAGGAUGGGUCGAACAAGAUCCUAUAGAAAUAUUACAAGCAGUCAGGGAAUGUCUUAAUCAGACUAUAUUUAAUUUGAGGCAACUUACCAUUGAUCCUAGUGAUAUAGUUGCAGUUGGUAUAACAAACCAAAGAGAAACUACAAUUGUAUGGGACUCUAUUACUGGAGAACCAUUAUACAAUGCUAUUGUAUGGAUGGAUAUGAGAACGACUUCAAUUGUAGAUGACAUAUUGAAAAAGAUACGUAAUCAAAAUAAAAAUUAUUUGAAACCACUUUGUGGCUUACCGAUUAGUCCAUAUUUUAGUGCUUUAAAAUUAAAAUGGUUACUAGAAAAUGUGCCUCGUGUUCGUGAGGCUCUAGACCAAAAGCGUUGUCUGUUUGGUACAAUUGAUUCUUGGUUAAUUUGGAACUUAACUGGAGGGACAAGUUUUGGUGUUCACGCCACUGAUGUUACAAAUGCUUCGAGGACGAUGUUAAUGAAUAUUACAACUUUAAAAUGGGAUCCAACAUUGUUAUCAUUUUUUAAUAUACCUCCAGAAAUUUUACCUGAAAUCCGUAGUUCGUCAGAAAUAUAUGGAUAUAUACAAGAUGAUAUUUUAUCAGGAGUACCAAUAUCAGGAUGUUUAGGUGAUCAGCAGUCAGCGUUGGUAGGUCAAAUGUGUUUACAAAAAGGACACGCAAAAAGCACUUAUGGCACAGGUUGUUUUCUCUUAUACAACACUGGAACUGCUAUUGUAGAUUCGUCUCAUGGAUUAUUGACAACAGUCGCCUAUCAGUUAGGACCACAAGCAACACCGGUAUAUGCUCUUGAGGGAUCAGUAGCUAUAGCUGGUGCUGUUAUUCAAUGGCUGAAAGAUAACCUUGGUAUACUGUCUGAUGUGAAAGAGUCUGAAUCCCUUGUUGAACAAAUUCCUACUGAUAAUCGCGUUACAUUUGUGCCUGCAUUUGCUGGAUUAUAUGCUCCAUAUUGGAGAAAAGAUGCAAGAAGUGUUAUAUGUGGAAUUACUGAAGACACUAAUAGUACACAUAUUAUAAAGGCAGCUUUGCAAGCCGUUUGUUUUCAGACAAGAGACAUUUUAGAAGCUAUGAAAGAGGACACAGGUUUAAUUUUAUCUAAAUUGUUGGUAGAUGGUGCUAUGACUACCAAUAAUUUGUUAAUGCAAAUGCAAGCAGACAUUUGUGGAAUUCCAGUUGUGAGGCCUUUAAUGUGUGAAACUACUGCACUUGGAGUUGCAAUUGCUGCAGGAAAUGCAGAUGGUAUACGUAAAUGGGAUGUGAAAAUAGACGCCGCUGUACCAAGCGAUACCUUUCUACCUUCGAUAACUGAGAAUGAACGAGAUAUAUUAUAUUCUCAAUGGAAAAUGGCUAUCGAUCGUAGCUUAGGUUGGGAACCAGUAACUGAUACCAACGACAAUACAAAGAAUAUCCACAAAGCAACUGCUCCUGGUAUUUUUGUGAUAAGUACGAUACUUUUGCUUAUGAUUGCCAAGUAUCAUUCUAUGUUAUGACUGAAUGAGUACAAUACUAUGUACUGUAUUUGUCUCAGAUUAUGCAUUUAGGCAGGUCCUGUUUGCUAAUAAAUAUUUGAACUAUUAUUUGAUAUUAACUAUACUGGUCAUAUUAAACCUUGUAAGUAUGAAGAAUGAACUAAAGAACAAAUACAAAUAACAGUGCCAUAA